AGAAAUUUAAUCUAAAUAAAGAAGUCCAAAUAAAUAAAUUAAUUAAUAUCUCAAGUAAUACUGAGAAUUGUUUAUUUUCUUUUCCAUACCUUGACUACAUUUAUAUGAAGCUCUAUUUUGUGUAUUGAUGUCUCAACCUUAAAUACCAUAUUUUUGACUAUUACAAACGCAAUUUUUGGCAGCUGAAAGGCUAUAAAACUCAGAUAAAGGCCAUGUCUUUCCCAAAGCCUUUUUAUGGUUCGAGUUUGCCAACAGCUGAUUUUCUUCAGCAGAGAAACACAGACCAGUCAGGACAGAGAGAGAACACAGCAAGGGACCAGCUUCAUGUCUCUGUCCCAGAUCACCCCAAGCCUUUUCCUGGGUGGAGCCGAUGCCCCUCUCAAUCGAGCCCUCGUGACUCGUAAGGGCAUCACCCUCAUCAUAAAUGCCACCCUGUCCCACAGCUGCCCCACAUACCCAGGAGUCGAGUGUGUACGUGUAGCUGUACCUGAUCUUCCUACUGCACGUCUGAGUGAGCACUUUGACCGAGUGGCAGCCCGCAUUCAUAACAAUCGAGCCGGUGGAACACUGGUGCACUGCGCAGCAGGCAUGAGCCGCUCACCCGCUUUGAUCAUGGCCUACCUCAUGAAGUACAAGGGAGUGACACUGUGCCAGGCGCACCACUGGGUGAGGCAGAGCCGACCCUCGAUCCGCCUCAACGCAGGAUUCUGGGACCAGCUUCUGGACUAUGAAAAGAGACUUUAUGGGAAAAAUACAGUGAAAGUUGCUGCUCCAUUGGAAGCACCUAAAACGCCCAAAAUGGUUCCCAGAUACAGUCUGAGAGAGUGUCCAUCAUCUCCAAGGCUGGGCCGGUUUAGGCGAUAGGACUGUAAUUGAAAAAAAAACUUGUGUGAGUGGCAGUGCCUUCACAUUUUGUAAACUUUUGAUUUAAAUGUAUACUAUUUUUCUCCUAACUGUUAUAAUUAGCACUUAACAAAACAUUGUGACAUUUUUGUGAAUUUCAUGGUUAUAUUGUGAUAUUCAACCCACCUUUUAUUGUUAUUUUAAACACUUUGAAGCAAUUAAAAAAAAAUCUUGAAAAAAUUCAAUUAGGAAUUAUUCUGGUAUUUGAAAGCAGCACUGUGUGUGUGUGUGUGUGUGUGUGUGUGUGUGUGUGUGUGUGGGCAAUCCCAUAAUGUUGUUUACUUAAAAAAGGAUUUCAUGAAAGUACUGUAACACCAAGUAUUUAUACACAUGUAAAAAAAAUUUUUUAAAAAUCAUGAUAUCAUCCAUUUUAUAUCAGCAAAAUUUGUUUAUUAUUUUUUAUCUUUGAAACUAUUGAUGAGUAUGUAAGGCAAUCAUGAGGAAAAUGUGUUGU